GGUCAGGAUCAGUGUGAGUUGUGACUCCGACGAGUGAGGAUCAGUAUAUACGACGGCAUGAAACUGUAGCAAGCAGUGUGUUAUUAGUGUGUUUGUGGUGUCUCUUAUGCCCACGAGUGAUAAUCCUAAUGUAUGAUAUUUGAUGAAAAAUGUUACUCUCCCGCAAAAUGCUUACGCAGGCGGGUAUAUUUCUGUGGGCAUUGUGCUGCCUGACUUCUUCCGUGGAGGGUAUUAUAUCCUGCUCCCCCAACCCGUGCAAGAACAACGGAGUCUGCAUCUCGAACCCCGGUGCCGAAUCUUAUUGCGAAUGUCCUGACCAGUUCGUGGGCGAGUACUGCCAGCACCUGAACCCGUGCCGCAACGGGCCGGGUCCUCGCUGCCAGAACGGCGGCACGUGCAACGUAAUCCUGGACGUGUCGGGGCCGCGGUUCAACUGCGAGUGCCCCGUCGGCUACAAGGCUUCCCUCUGCGAGAUCGCCGUCGAGAACGCGUGCGACUCCGACCCCUGCAUGAACGGCGCCACGUGCCAGCUCCUGACGCUCGACACCUACGUCUGCCAGUGCCCCUCCGGAUACCGCGGCGACCAGUGCGAGCUGGUGGACCACUGCGCCUCCAAGCCGUGCCGCAACGGGGCCACGUGCCACUCCCCGGGGAACACGUACGUCUGCACGUGCCCGCCGGGCUUCACCGGACCCACGUGCACGACGGAUGUGGACGAAUGCAGGAAGCACCCCUGUCACCACGGCACCUGCACCAACACCUUCGGAUCGUACACGUGUAACUGUGAGGUGGGCUACACCGGUGUCGACUGCGAGAGCCGCUACGUCCCCUGUGAACCCUCGCCGUGCCAGAAUGAUGGCACUUGCAUUGCUCAGGAUUCCCUCUACUACAAGUGCCAAUGUCCCAAUGGCUUCAAGGGCAAGAACUGCGAGCAGAACAUUGACGACUGCCACAACCACCUGUGUCAGAAUGGCGCCACCUGUGUGGACGGCGACAACACGUACACAUGUGCGUGUCCUCCUACGUUCACUGGCCCGUAUUGCAAGGAUGAUGUCGACGAGUGCGCUGUUAGGCCUACCAUUUGCAAGAACGGCGCCACGUGCACCAACACCCAGGGCGGCUUCUCGUGCAUCUGCGUGAACGGCUGGACGGGCGACGACUGCUCCGAGAACAUUGACGAUUGCACAGGGGCGGCUUGCUUCAAUGGUGCAACUUGCAUAGAUCGCGUCGGCUCCUUCCUCUGCCAGUGCACGCCCGGGAAGACUGGCUUGCUGUGCCACCUGGACGACGCGUGUGCCAGCAGCCCGUGCCACCCCGGCUCCAUGUGCGACACCUCGCCCAUCGACGGAGGCUACAUCUGCACGUGCCCGCCCGGCUACAAGGGCGUCGACUGCACGCAGGACAUCGACGAGUGCCAGGAGGGCCUCCCGUGCGAGCACAAUGGCACCUGCGUCAACACACCGGGAUCGUUUAGGUGUGACUGCUCGAAGGGCUUCACGGGGCCGCGCUGCGAGAUCAACAUCAACGAGUGCGAGAGCAACCCGUGCCACAACCAGGGCACUUGUCUGGACGAGCGAGGCGCCUUCCGCUGCGUCUGCAUGCCGGGGUACACGGGGCAGCACUGCGAGAUCGACGUGGACGAGUGCGCGUCGCGGCCGUGCAAGAACAACGGCAUCUGCAGCGACCUGAUCAACGAGUACCACUGCAGCUGCAUCCAGGGCUAUACGGGCCGCCAGUGCCACAUCAACAUCGACGACUGCGCCUCACAGCCGUGCCAGCACGGAGGCACCUGCGUUGACCGCGUGGCUGGCUACAGCUGCCGCUGCAGCCCGGGCUUCACGGGCACCAACUGUGAGACCAACAUCGACGACUGCCUCUCGUCGCCGUGUCGGCACGGCUCAUGCUUGGACGGCAACAACUCGUUCACGUGCAUGUGCCAUGCCGGCUAUACGGGCCUGCUGUGCCAGACGGAGAUCGACGAGUGCGCGUCCACGCCGUGCCAGCACGGGGGCACCUGCAAGAACCUCAUCAACAGCUUCAAGUGCAUCUGCCCCGAGGGCACGGCGGGCAUCAACUGCGAAUUCAACAUCAACGAGUGCUUCAGCAACCCGUGCCGCAACGGCGCCAAGUGCAGGGACGGCAUCAACGAGUACUGGUGCGAGUGCGAGCCCGGCUACACGGGCCGCUUCUGCGAGACCAACAUCGACGACUGCCUGUCGCAGCCGUGUGCCAACGGCGGCGAGUGCAUCGACGAGGUGAAUGGCUUCCGGUGCCAGUGCCCGUCGGGCUACUUCGACGCCCGCUGCCUCUCCAACGUGAACGAGUGCGCCAGCGACCCCUGCCUCAACGGCGGCUCCUGCUACGACGACGUCAACCGCUUCAACUGCAAGUGCCCGCCAGGCUACACGGGCCACCGCUGCGAGCAGGAGAUCGACGAGUGCCAGUCCAACCCGUGCCAGCACGGCGGCACCUGCAGGGACGCGCUCAACGCGUAUACCUGCUCGUGUCCCCCCGGCUACUCAGGCCGCAACUGCGAGAUCAACAUCGACGACUGCCUGAGCCGCCCCUGCAAGAACGGCGGCACCUGCAUCGACCUGGUCAACUCGUACAAGUGCGUGUGCGAGCUGCCGUACACCGGGAGGAACUGCGAGGUGCGCAUGGACCCCUGCAGCCCCAACAAGUGCCGCCACGGCGCCCGCUGCACGCCCACCGCCAACUUCCUGGAUUUCACGUGCGAGUGCGAGCUGGGCUACACCGGCCGCCUCUGCGACGAGGACAUCAACGAGUGCACCAUGUCCCCGUCCCCGUGCAAGAACGGCGCCAGCUGCCUCAACACGAACGGCUCGUACUCGUGCCUGUGCGCCAACGGCUACGAGGGGCGCGAGUGCACCAUCAACACCAACGACUGCGCCCUGCACCCGUGUCGCAACGGCGGCACCUGCCUCGACGGCAUCGGCAGCUACACCUGCCUGUGCGUCGAUGGCUUCGGUGGCACCAACUGCCAGCACGACCUCAACGAAUGCAACUCCAACCCGUGCCAGAAUGGGGCCACCUGCAACGACUACGUCAACUCGUACACGUGCACGUGCCCGCUCGGCUUCUCGGGCACCAACUGUGAGAUCAACGACGAGGACUGCACGGAGACUUCCUGCAUGAACAACGGCAGCUGCAUCGACGGAAUCAACAACUACACGUGCGAGUGCAUGGCAGGCUUCACGGGCUCCCACUGCCAGCACCGGAUUAACGAGUGCCACUCGAACCCGUGCGAGAACGGAGGCACGUGCAACGACCACGUGGGCUUCUUCACGUGCCACUGCCUGUACGGGUACACCGGCCAGCGCUGCGAGCGGGUGAUGGACUGGUGCUCGAGCUCCCCUUGCUUCAACAACGGCGUCUGCACGCAGAAGCUCAAUCGCUUCGAGUGUAAGUGCCCUCCAGGGUGGACGGGUCCCCUCUGUGACGUGGCCAUGGUGUCCUGCGAAACGGCUGCAGCCAGCAAAGGAGUCGGAGUCUCGCAGCUGUGUCUGCACGGCGGCAUCUGCCACGAUAGAGGCAACACGCACAAGUGUGACUGCCGCACCGGCUACACGGGUUCUUACUGCCAGCACGAGAUCAAGGAGUGCGACUCUCAGCCCUGCAUGAACGGCGCCACUUGCAACGACCACAUCGGCUCGUACUCCUGCGCGUGCCGCCCGGGGUUCCAGGGGCCCAACUGCGAGUACAACAUCGAUGACUGCAAGCCCAACAACCCGUGCCAGAACGGAGGCGUCUGCCACGACCAGAUUAACGGCUUCCAGUGCUCCUGCCCGCACGGCACUCUGGGCAAGCUCUGCGAAAUCAACAUCAGUGAAUGCUACGAGGGCGCCUGCCACAACGGCGGCACCUGCGUGGACAAGGUGGGCGGCUUCGAGUGCAGGUGCAAGCCGGGGUAUGUCGGCGCGCGGUGCGAGGGCGACGUGAACGAGUGCUUAUCCUUCCCCUGCUACAAGGAGGGAACGGCCGACUGCGUGCAGUUGGUCAACGACUACCUGUGCAACUGCCGGCUGGGGUUCAUGGGGCGGCACUGCGAGAGCAAGCGGGACUUCUGCGCUGAGUCUCCGUGCCAAAAUGGCGGCGUGUGCAGCAACACCGAGGAAGGCUACUCGUGCCAUUGCAUGGACGGCUUCAUCGGCAAGUCGUGCGAGUUCCCGACAGACGAUUGCGACCACCACCAGUGCGGGCCCGGCGAGGUAUGUCGGCCCUACGAGAAGGGGAUCGAGUGCGUGCCCAAGGAGUACCCCUGCUCAUCCAACCCCUGCACGCACGGAGGCAAUUGCCUGGACCGGGUGACCUAUUUCGAGUGCCACUGCCCGCCGCGCUGGAACGGGAAAAGGUGCGAGGUAAGCGACCCUACGUUCAACGGCGGGAUCGGCCACGACGUCCCCACCAACCUGACUCUGGAGCGCGAGAUGUGCCGCUUGCACAAGUGCGAAGAGAAGAAGAACAACCUGCGCUGCGACCUCGAGUGUAGCUCUUUCGCCUGCGACUACGACGGCUACGAGUGCUCGUAUGGGCGGAACCCAUGGGCGUUCUGCGACGCCGACAUUAAUUGCUGGCAGGUAUUCGGCGACGGAGUUUGCAACCCGGAAUGCAACAACGCAGCCUGUCUCUUCGAUGGCUUGGACUGCCGCAAACCCGUCGGAACGUGCAACCCAAUAUACGACGCCUACUGCGCCACCAACUACGAGAACGGCCACUGCGACCAGGGCUGCAACGUCGCCGAGUGCGGCUGGGACGGCCUCGACUGCGAGAAUGAGCCCCCCAACAUAAUGAACGGCCAGCUGCAGCUGGUGGUGGAGGCCAGCAAUGCAGACUUCCAGACUGCCAAGAAGGCCUUCAUCAGGAAUCUGAGCCGGUUCCUGGGGGUCCAUCUAGUAAUCAUGAGAGACCAGUCCAACCAGGAGAUGAUCUACCCGUACGACCAGGAUGGUAUUCAGGGGCUGCUCGUCUACUUCGAGAUCGACAACCGCCGGUGCGCGAAGGGAGACCAGUGCUUCGACAGCGUCAAAGAUGUUGCGAACUUCUUGGCUGCCAAUAAGCUCCACUUGCAAACUGACGCGGGUCUCCCCAUCUCCGGGGUGCACGUGUCGGGGCCGCAGACGCCUCCUCCAGGCUACACGUACAUCAUCGUGGGCAUCGUGUUCGCCAUGGUCCUGGUGGGCAUAGUCUUCAUGGUCAUCACCAACAACCGCAAGCGGAUGAGAGGAGUCACGUGGUUCCCCGAAGGAUUCUUCCCUAAAUAUUCGAACAGCUCGAGCAGCGGCCUGGAGCCGGCUCGCAGGAAGGUCCCUGACGGCCAGGAGAUGCGCAACUUCAACAAGGGCGCCUCCUCGCACCACCUCGCCGACAUGGGCGACGACGGCAUCAGCCGCCACCUGCCCAUGACGGGGCCGGUGGGCGACUGGUCGGACGACGACAGCGAGCACCCGCCCACAAAGCGCUCGCGCCACGAGGGAGGCUUCACCGACCAGACCCACCUGGCCGACUACGACGACGCGAACGACCCCCGCGUGUGGACGCAGCAGCACCUCGACGCCGCAGACAUCAAGAACCCUGACUUGCUGGCCCUGACUCCGCCGCAGGCCGAGCCCGAGGACCACCGCGGCGUGGCGGGCGACGUCAAUUCCAAGGGACCCAUGGGACUCACGCCCCUCAUGAUCGCCUCCUUCAGGGGUGGCGGCCUCGAGAGCCACCCCGACGAGGACGACAAGGACGGCUCGGCGGCGGUUAUCCAGGAACUCAUCGAGCAGGGAGCCAAACUGAACGCCAAGAUGGACCGAACAGGAGAAACCUCGCUUCACCUUGCUGCUAGAUAUGCACGUGCAGAUGCUGCUAAGCGACUGUUAGAUGCAAAGGCUGACGCUAACGCCCAGGAUUCCACCGGACGCACGCCCCUACACGCUGCCGUCGCUGCAGAUGCCCAAGGAGUGUUCCAGAUCUUACUAAGGAAUCGUUCAACCGAUUUGAACGCUAAGAUGAACGAUGGAACCACUCCGCUGAUCCUGGCCGCCCGUCUAGCUAUCGAGGGCAUGGUGGAGGACCUCAUCAAUGCUGACGCUGACAUCAAUGCUGCUGACGACCUCGGAAAGACACCGCUUCACUGGGCCGCCUCUGUCAACAACGUGGAGGCUGUGCAGAUUUUGCUGGCCCACGGUGCCAAUCGCGACGCCCAAGACAACAGG